AUGCCUAUAUGCUGCGCUGGUGAUCCAAGAUGCAAUUCGUGUGCACCCUCCGCAGCAGUUGAGGUCAUCCCAACGGACGAGAGUGAGCGGAAACGGUUCCCCGAUGGGAAACUCUCGUGUGGGACCAGCCAGAACUGCAUAACUCAGGCCAAUCUCAAUUUUUGGAAGUUCAGAGAUGCAAAUGAUGUCCAGAUUUGCACGGGCAACCAAGUUUGCAAUAACAACUGGAAAGUCAAGAACGUGGGAGCAGCCUGCUGCUCUGGGGAUAGUGUUUGCUACACUGACCUAGUCUUCGAAAUGGGGCAAGACGUUCCUACCGGCGAGCCAGUGGCUACUUGCACUAAUGAUGUCUGCUGCGAUGGAAAACAGACUUGUGUGGGCUCUUCCGGUUCACCGCCGACGAGCCAGUUCCUAGGCACCAGAACAUUGAGUUGCCGCGGCGAAGGAACGUGUAGGCAGAUUCUAGCCAACAUGUCAAAAGACCUCUACUGCAGCCAAUAUUCAGGAGUUGGCGAGACUGGCCCAGACACAUGCAGCUCGAGUUCCAACGAAUUCUACUUCGACAACCCCACUGCUGGCUCUGAGCAUUGUGUGACAUGCUUCGGAAACAACGGCCAGGGUGUGAUAUGUGCGGAUUCAACAUUCACUUUCGACACAGUGAAUGCCCAGGCCAAGAUGAUUUUCAGUGCAAAAAAUGCUGGCAAGCAAGCAACAGUUACCAUCACCAGUGGAUGCCUGGAGAUCAAUUGCGCCACAGGCACGGAUACCUGCGUAGACCUAGUAGUGACUAAGAAUAGUGCCACAUGCCACUGCACUGGAAAGCAAGGCAAGUGCAACCAAAUUUCUGGCAACAAGGCGGGAGGUACUGGUGAUACUUGCCCAUACAUCGACGAUGACAAUCCUUGUUCAUUUGCGGCGACCAUGUGUCAGACUCCGUCAUCUUGCUGUGAUGGCUUGAGUGCUAACGCCAGCUCCGGCAGCUCCAACAGUCCACCAGAUUGUGUUGGACAAUGCGGCUGCACAGCUCCCACGACAUCCACCACCACCACCACCACCACCACCACCACCACCACGACAACCACCACCACCACGACCACCACCACCACCACCUCUGAGUCGGGACAAGACCCAUCUUCCGGCACAACCACCUCCACCACCACCACCACCUCCACAGCACAAGGUGCAGGAGACCCUCACAUCGACACCUUCGAUGGCCAGCACUACUUGCUGCUGAAGCAGGGCAGCUUCUCCUUUUGGCGCUUCUCCGGUUCCGAUGCAGAAAUCUUCUCAGCCAAGAAUCAGGCCUUGCUGAAGAAACUCCCGGUGGAUUUCAAAAUCUAUGCGCACUAUUCAGGUCACACCUCCUACACCAAAGGCCUUUUGCUGGUGGACAGCUCUGGUGCCACAACCCCGAAGCGUGUCUUGGAGCUCACCUCGGAAGAUUGCACCUGGAGAACCAAGACCAAGGACACUGAGUGGAGUGCUGUGGAGAAACCCCAGUUGCUGUCGUUGCCAGACGCUGACGGAGAUGAGAUGACAGCUUUCAGGAUGACGGAACCUUUACAUGGACAGAAGAUGUACGUGGAGCUGUUGAUGAAGAAAACCGACGGCGCCUUCAAAAAGAUUGGCAAUCUUUAUGUGCGCUGCAAGCCAGGAUACCACAUCAACACGAAGAUCGCCAUGACUUCCAAGGAGGACAUCGGCUUGGUGCAGGGCCAGGUUGGAGCCCAGGGCCAUACUGCUGCAGGUGAGGAUCACAAGGCCAGUUUCUUGCAGGGAACACGCAGGGUGAGGUCGGACUCAGAGUUUGUAACUUCCGAGAAGUGGACAGACUUGGGUGGAAGUGCAGCAGCAGAAACCUAUUUGAGCGAAGUGGAUGAAGAAGGACCAGCCAUCUUCCUGAAGGAUUGCACAGGACAAGAGCGGAUCGAGGCAAAGGCAAUGUGCAAGAAAUAUUUGGGCGAACCUUCAACACGCAGCGAAGACCUCCACAGCUUUGAAAAUCGCUUCGACAACUGCGUCUUCGAUGUCUGCAACGGAGCCUUGAUCGAAAUGCUGGAGCCGAAUUGAUGCUGUUCACUGGAUCUCUAGAAGAAAAAAGGAGAAGCAGUUUCAUGAAUCGAGAAUUCUGUUUGUGUGGUCGCUAUAUGUCGCUCUUUUUGGCGUGAGAGCUUGCAGUUGUGCAGCAAUACCUUGGCAUGGUUUCGGCCACAGUCCUGAGCCCAGGUGGAGGAGAGGUUGCAGCAGAACUGGCAGCAGAGAUCUUCCAUGCCGAAUAAAAGUUAGAUGAAUAUUAUGUUUAUUCUGAUUUUGAAAUGACCUCUUAAAUUGGAACCGCAGGUUCCAACUCUCCACUUUGUGGGAAGGUUUUGAAGGAACCAUUGGCAAUGGCAUCGGAGAUGGUCGUCCAUUCAUAAUAUGAUUUAGAUUCAAAGGCGAAUCGGCCUUGGCCUUGCAACCGACCAGCAAAUGGUCUGCAAAAAGUCUGCACCGUAAUCCGC